GAUGUCGACCAUGUGAUAACAAGGAAAAUGCAGCUAAUAGCAGAAGCUGAGCAAUUGAAGCCAGUUUUCAUGAAAGAAGUGGACAGUCACUUCACAGAGUUUGUGAACAGUUUGGUGGCAAAGUCAGCACUCCUGGAUUCCUCAUCUUCAGCCUCCCUCUUCCCGGCUUCCUGCUCAGAGAAGGAACUGCACAAAGCCAAGACCUUGAGGGCCCCUCCAGAACAUGGGAAGAUCUUUACUGCCAGAAGGUCCCUCUUGGAUGAGCUGUUUGAAGUGAGUCACAUCAGGACGAUCUACCACAUGUUCAUCGCUCUUCUCAUUGUCUUCAUCCUCAGCACACUUUUAGUGGACUUCAUUGAUGAAGGAAGGCUGGUCCUAGGAUUUGAUCUCUUGGUCUUUGUUUUUGGAAAGUUCCCAGUUGUCUUCUGUACUUGGCUGUGCAUGUUCUGUGCCACAGUUAUCGUUCCGUACAACCUUUUUGUCUGGUGGGCCCAAGGCUACUGCAGUUCCUCCCAUCGUGUAAUCCACUCUCUCUUCUAUGGGAUGUUGUUCACGCUCUUCACUGGGCUUGGAUUUGGACCAACCUAUAUUGCUGUAACGUACGCCCUGCCUCCAGCUUCCCGUUUUAUUGUAAUACUGGAACAGGUUCGUCUUGUUAUGAAGGCUCAUUCAUUUGUCCGGGAGAAUGUGCCCAGAGUCCUGUCCUCUGUAAAGGACAAGUCCAGCACAGUACCUAUUCCCAGAAUUUCUCAAUACCUGUACUUUCUCUUUGCUCCCACCCUGAUCUACAGAGACAACUAUCCCAGGAAUCCCACGAUAAGAUGGAGCUAUGUAGCUACCAAGUUUGCACAGGUGCUUGGUUCACUUUUCUAUGCCUACUACAUCUUUGUGAGACUCUGUAUUCCUCAGUUUCGCAACAGUAGUCAAGAAACCUUCAAUCUUCGAGGGCUGGUCCUGUGCAUCUUCAACUCCAUUCUGCCAGGUGUACUGAUUCUCUUCCUGGUUUUCUUUGCGUUCCUUCACUGUUGGCUUAAUGCAUUUGCUGAGAUGUUGCGCUUUGCGGAUAGGAUGUUCUACAAGGACUGGUGGAACUCCACUUCCUAUGCAAACUACUACCGAACCUGGAACGUGGUAGUACAUGACUGGCUCUAUUACUAUGCCUACAGGGACUUCCUUUGGUUUUUUGGUAAGAAGUUCAAAGCAGCAGCUAUGCUAUCUGUCUUCACCGUAUCAGCUGCUGUGCACGAAUAUGUUCUGAGCAUCUGCUUCGGCUACUUCUAUCCAGUUCUCUUUUGCCUGUUUAUGUGCUUUGGAAUGGUCUUCAACUUCAUCCUUAAUGACCGUCGGAAAGGGCCCAUUUGGAAUGUGAUCAUGUGGACAUCCCUUUUCCUGGGCCAAGGUGUCAUCAUUUGCCUCUAUAGCCAAGAGUGGUAUGCCCGCCAGUACUGCCCUAUGGAGAAGCCCACGUUCCUGGACUACUUAAAACCGCGCUCGUGGUCAUGUCACAUGAAGAUGUAAAAAUGGUAUGCUCCGGCCGUGUCAUCACAGAGAAUCGGCAUUGUCCUCCAAGUAUUUGGACCAAUGACCUAACUCACUGCGGACUUUUUCUAAGGGAAGUUGUGCCUCCUGAUUAUUGGGGAGAAAUUGUUUUUUUUUUUAAAUGUUACUGAGGCAAACCAGUUGACCUGGAUUGCAGCAGCCUUCGUAGGCAGCAUCUACUAUGUGCUGUCCCACUCUGAGCCAUUUCCAUACCAGUAAAACAUUGAGCUGAAGGUGGAGUCUACUGGAAUGCUACUCAUCCAGGGGUCCCCUCACGUUGCUGCUCUUCUGG